AUUCCAAUCAGAAAAGGGGCGUUUUUGCUCGCAGAGGAGCACAACAGAAAAGUGUACAGUUUUCAUUCCAAGAACAGAGAAGAAAGAAACCAUUCAAUAUUGCAAGUGAAAAUUUGAAAAUUUACAUCCUGUCAGCUUUGAAUCGGGCAAGUUUUAAGCAUUUCCGGUUAAUCGAACGCACUGCAGUCCACGAAAUGUUCCCCGGAGCAAGAAACUAGAGAAACUCCAGCAGCGGCCGCCAUCAUGAGCCUUGGACGUCCUUGAGCAGCAACAGAAGCUGUGAACGGGUGGAAAAAUUGUGUGCUACUUUGUAAUAUCAAUCAUCAGGGAAGCAACCGAACCACGGAUCGACGAUGCGAAUAAUCUACUGGAUUGGGGUGUUUGGAACCGUGAUGGUGGCUACCGCCCUCUACUGGCCACCAUUUGUGUACAUUUUUCUGUUUGUGCUGUACUCGCUGAUUCUGAUUGCUUUGGCCAUCUUCGGUACCAUCUACGUCCACUACAAGCUAACGACGAAGGAAAGCCGUCCCUACGCCCGGGAGGACCUGCCUUCCAACGUCCUGUACAAUGCAACCAAAUCGCACCUCUUCGACCCGCAGUCACCAGCCAAAGCUGCCUCAAAUCUGCCGAUCAUCUUCGGUCGUACCGUAGACAGUCUGCUGCAGCAGAUCAUCGGCAAUGCCAUGCGGGACAUUGUCAGCCCAGCCCUGGAGGAGAUCGUUGCGAACCCGCGGCGGAUCGUCGACCUGCUCAAGGAGGACAUCUGGCUGGGGAUCGAGAAACUGCACGAGAGAGCUUCCCGCAUCGACGCUCCCAAGAUGAUUGCGGUUGACUUUGUGAUCAAGGCGACGGUGCAUUUGGAGAAAAUCCGAAUCGCUCAGGCUCGGGCGGCAGAGCUGGGUACGGAACCGGUGUUUGGCACUUCUUCGUACCUGGUAACGCAGGAAAAGGAAUUGGAGUUUUUGAAGAAAAUUUGCGAGAUUAUGAUCAUUUUUCUGCUUCCACGAGGUUACUCGCUGUCGCCGAUCAAGGAUCUGCUGAGCGAGGUCAUCUCGUACAAGGUGCUGUUUCCGGUUAUUCGGCUGGUGACUUCGCCCGACUUUUUCAACCAGCAGAUUGUAGAGUGCAUCGAGACGAAGCUGGUUGCGGUGGCAAUCCACAAGAGAAGCUACGAGUACGCGGCGAAUUUCGAGGAUUUCCUGAAGGUGAUCAACGGCAGUCAGAUGAUGGAUGAGCUGCAUUCGAUUCGGGGCAGUAUCGUGAGCGAUAUCAUGCAAGCGACGACGAUGCAGAAUCUGCAGAGGACCCGAGGGUUCGACAGUGAGUUGUUUGUUGGGAAGAGCGGAAGCGGGAACAACGCUGGGGAUUCGGAAAGUGGACCAUCAAGAGCGGAGAUAACGGCCUCGUUGAAGCUGAAAAAGUACAUCCAGCAGCUAUCGUUCGCCAAGAGUCAGUGCGAAAAGUGCUUGUCCAAGCUGGGAUGGGAUGGGAAUGUGAGUAACGACGUUGACCUGUCGGUGCUGGACAUCCUUUCGACCGUAGCCGGGAGACGUCAUUUCAUGAUCUUCCUUGAACCGUUGAAGGCGUCUUCAUUGGUCGGGUUCUACACGACGGUCGAAGAGCUGAAGCAUGCCCAGAAGAAUUCGUGGCAUCAGCUGGGUGCUGAAAUAUUUUAUACCUACAUUAGGUGCCCCAAUUCAGAGAUUCCGGUAGAUAAGGCCACUCGUAAGAAGAUGGAAUCGUUCUUGGUGGGGGACAGCGGGACGGAGGUAUUUUACGAAGUUCAACGAGAGUGCUUGGUAACUCUGGAGGAAAAGUACUAUCAACCGUUUCUGCUGAGUGAAGAAUACGCCAAGCUGAAGAGUUCGCUAACUCAGGAAGACUUCAAAGAGAUAACGAUGAGUACGUAUCUAUCUUCCAGCACGGAAAGUCAGGACGAAACGGCUUCCAAUGCCUCGUCGGCAAGUGGGGAUGUCGAUCCGGUGAUCAUGGAUCUGAGUAAUCACUCCACAUAUGCCCGGAACAAACUGGAGCAGUUGGACGAGAAGCUGUCCAACAAGAAUCAAGCGCUGGAUGCCUUGAAGCAGUCGCUGAAACCCGACUCAAAGCUGCUGUCGAUUUUGGAGAAGGAAAUCGACUGGUUGAAGGGUGAGAAGCGUCAACUAGAAGCUCAUCUGCUCAGGACCGAAGUUUGGGGCGAAUACCUCGGGAAAUGGCGUGCCAUAGUCGAGAGCGUUGAUUUCUCCGACGACAAAGAACCUCAACCACAGUUCAUGAUCGUCGUCCAGGUGGACGAAGUGAACGACUGCGGUAAGGAAGAUGUGGCCACGGCAAUGGAUGCUGCAGAUAGCAUCUCCACCGGGUGGGUAGUGGUCAGAUCCCUGGCACAGUUUCACGACCUGCACCGGAAGCUUAGACUGAUGUGUACGGAUUUGAAGACGAUCGAUCUUCCGUCGAACAACGCCUUCAAGCUGUUUCUGUUGAAGAACGACAAAGCCCUGCUGGAAAAGUCGAAGCAACAGAUCCAGAAGUACCUUAACUUUAUCCUGGAAGACGAUCACUUGAACCAGAGCGAGGCAUUGUACGAAUUUUUGAGUCCAAGCUCGGAUAGACUGAAGCAAAGCACGAAUCCUUCGCCUUCCAAGAAACAAUCGAAAUUUUCAUUUGCCACGCUGUUCAAAGCGAACAGCGAGAAGUUGGACCAGUUUUGGGGUCCACAUUUCCGGUUGAACACUGCGGAUUUUCCAGAUGAUGAUCAGGUUUCAAUGUACCUUGAGGGCUCGGCAACCGAAAAUGGUUCAGCCAAGUCCCAGCAGGACCCGGAUGCCAAGGACUCGAUCGCGGAACCUCUGUAUGCCCUGCUCGGUGAAAUCUUCGACAUGGGUGGUGUCUUCAAGUGGCUUCGCCGCAGCCUGAUCUCUUUCGUUCAGAUCACCUAUGGCCAGACCAUCAAUCGUCAGAUACGGGAAUCCAUCAGCUAUCUCUUCGAGGAACCGAUGCUGCACACCUACGCGUCAACCGUUCUGAAAGCCUACUGGCCCGGUGGAGUCCUGACCAUCAAAUCAACCGACCGAAGCGAAGAUCAACAGGAAAUGACCAUGAACGCGGCCAAGUCUUUGCUCCUGGACAACAUCCCGGAUUUGCUUUGCAACCUCAUCGGUGCCCAGAACGCCCGCAACGGUAUAAUGAAGCUGUUUGACAACGCCCAGAAUGCAACCUACAACAAACAGCUGUUCUACGACAUCCUGGAGAUCCUAAUGCUGGAAGUUUUCCCGGAAAUCCGCCAGCUGAAGGUCCCACCGAGUGUGACGGCCGUUGCCGUGGUGGGUGGCUCUGCCGCUUCGACUCCGACGCAUGCUGGCCAUGCGUCCUCCACGCAAGCCACCCCGACACGAAUCAUAUCAAGAAAUUGAAACCGCCAGACACGAAGCCACCGAACGAAUUGGAACCAAGGAACCACGAUAUAUGCUUACCCACCUGAAUUUGGGCUCUAGAGUUUUAGUUGCGUUCUGUUUGGAGUGUCUGUAAUUGUAAGCAUUUCGUGAAACUUACAAACAAUCUAGUCCCCCACCCGAAUCAGAAACUGUUUAUGUGCAAAUUAAACAACUUUAACAAAACGGAUGAUGGUUAUUAUACAUAAUAUAUUGGUACUUAAUUGUGACUUCUGCGUUCAAUGUAGGACAUUAUUGGACUAAAUUGAUCUCAUUAUCUGGUAAUGUGAAUAAAAGCAAAUUGGACAAAA